AGGGGUGGGACUCGGCUUCACAGGGCUCCUCCCCCCGGCAAGGCCGCGGGGCACUGAUUGGCUGCGGAGGAGCAGAAAGGCGGUGCUAGUAUAGGGCUGCGGGCGCGUUCCCUUCGUGCGGCUACUUCUGAUUGGCUGUUGGCUCUAGGGGGCGGGGUCUCACCUCCUACAAAUAGGGGCCCCGGCGGUGGGCGUGUGGUUGCUGGAGUGCGGUUAGGGUGCGGGUCGGACCUGCCCGCUGCGGCGUGCCCGGGGGUCGUGGUCUGCCUCGGCGAUGUCUGAUCCAGCUCAGCAGCCUGCUCCCGGGGCCCCCGAAGGGGCUGCCCCAGGUGGGGGUCCCCCUGGUGGGGGUCCCCCCGCGCAGUCCCCCCCCAAUCUGAGCAGUAACCGCCGGCUGCAGCAGACGCAGGCCCAAGUGAAGGAGGUAGUUGAUAUAAUGUGUGUAAAUGUAGACAAGGUGCUGGAACGAGACCAGAAGCUGUCAGAGCUAGAUGACCGGGCAGAUGCACUUCAGGCUGGUGCCUCACAAUUUGAAAGUAGCGCAGCAAAACUCAAAAGGAAGUACUGGUGGAAGAACUGCAAGAUGAUGAUCAUGAUGGGAGUGAUUUGUGCCAUUGUGGUGGUGGUGAUUGUAAGUAAGUACCAAAAAGCCCAGGAUCAAAGGUGAAGAAGCACCAGCUCUAGAGUACUUAAAACUCUUCCUUUUUUGGUUUGAGAUCUGGAGGGUCUUAGGUGCAUAAGCAUUACCUUCAGUCCUUGGGGAAGGGAGGUAAUGGUGGUGCUGGAACUCUCAGCUUGCUGUGGAAAUGGUAUACCUUACAUAAUAACAGAAGGAAUUGGGGGUGGUCGUCACUCUAGAAAUGGAAAAUUUUGUCUGCCGGGUCAGGUAAACCUGUAAGUAUGAGGGGCAUUUACCCUGGAGUGGGUGGGUUGGCCAGUCCCUUCCCUGGUGGGGGAUUUGGAGGGCUCUGAGGGACCUUUGGUGUAACUUGCCCUUUUGUUCUUUCCUUUUUCUUUUUCCUAUUGCUUUGUCUCCAGUCUACUUUUUUACUUGAAGGUAGCUCCUUCCGUCUGCAACUUACUGUCCCCUGUCACCUUGCCUGUUUCUUCUUAUCCUGAAUCUUUCCUCCCCUUCCCUUCCACCUAGCUUCUUCAUUGAUUUCUUUAUUGGUUUUAAUUUGUCUUCCGUAUAGGAUUCUGAAGCGCUCUACUGAACAUGGUUAGACUCUUCAACAGCUGCUGCAGCUUUAGGGAGGGUCAUCUUGCAUUUAGAGGAAGAGGGGGAGUAGAGGAGGAGCGGAUAGCUAUUGCUCCUACUCUUCUGCAGGGAAUUCUUGUGGUUUAUUUUCGGGUGUGAGCUUGUCAAUUAGUGCCUGUGUGGACUCUAGCAAAAUAAGAAUGCCUUAACGCAGUGCCUUUGGGGAUGAAGGACUUCAGCACAUGAGGCUUUAGUGUUCUGCCUAAAAAGAGUGGUAGCAUGACUUAAGCUUUUCAUUGAGCUUCUGAAAUAAAGGCUAGUUUAUGUUGGUUGGUGAUUGUGAGACAUCUGACUGAGCUAGAGGUAGUGAUCUAGACUUCUCUAGCCAUGGAGAGCUGAGCACUUGAAGUGAUUUAUUCUGCCUGUCGUUAUUUUCAGAUGACUUGCUGUCUGAACAUAGCCAUUUCAGUUGUUAUAAAGGAGAGCCUACAAGAUUACCUCAGUCAAGUGCAACAGACUAAAGAGUUAAGUGAAAGGAGGUUUGUUACUAUCUAAACUGUACACGUGGGAGUAAAGGCUCCUGCCAGAAGGAGCAAAAGAACAACAGUAAGGAGUCUGGUGGGGUGUGUCAAAUACUCUUUUCAUCUAUGCAGACACAAGCUGGGACGCUGUGGCUUUCUACUACCUUGUAGCUUCCUGGAAGAGUUUGGGGUAGUGGCAGAAUGGGAACAGGUGUGUUGCUUUCGUGUCACUUGGUUGAAUGUCAAAGGAAGCCCACUGCGCAGCAGGUGGAGGAGGCUGGAGGUAUGCCUGAUCAGACCGAAGGAGCAAUGCAGCUUUCUGGUUAAGAAUAUCUGUUCUGUUUGUGCUACCACAAAGCCCUAACUUUCAGCAGGAGUUAGAGAAUACUUGGAGCGGUUAGCCAGGGAUUGAAAGGGAAAUGCUGCUCUGGGCAUGGAUAUUGCAAAGUGACAUCAAAUGUCCCCAUUUGGCAGCUUGGAUCUCUAGAGAUCGUGCCUGUCCAACUGAAAUCCUCCUACUCGCUGUGGGUACUCUUGAAUUUAGAUCCAAGGUGGCCUCUGCUGGAAGUAAACUUGCAGUGUGGAAAGCUGCUUACAGAAAGCCACAAUCCUCUUGUUCUCCUCUGUCAAAAAUAAGAGCUGUGAAUUUCUUGAAUGUGUUGUCAAACUUGGGGUUAAAUGACUUGCCCUGUUCCUUGGUUUCUGUGGAGUCUUCUGAGGAAUGUGCCUCCUGUCUCUCCCUUUUUUAAAAUUAUUUUUACAAGCUGAGCUGUAGUCUGUAAUCUAGACUGGAAAGAGGGCAUUCCUUUAAUUUAAAAAGCUCUACCUCAGUUCUAGAAUACACUGGGAUCUGUCUAGGCUUAAGGGGACGUGGGGAGGCAGGGGAGAACAUCACUGGAGAUCCCAGAUGGGAGUGAAGUACAAAAGGCGGGAGGAGUGGAUGCUUUUUAGUUUCAUUGGGUGUGCUGUAGAGGCCCCUUCCUCCUCACAGGGCACCUGGGAAGGGGCUAGGUUUUGCAUGCACACUUCCAUGCCCCAGCAUUUCAUUUACGCUGAGUUCAUCUCCCUGCGAUUCCAUCCCCCUCCACCUUGGGUGAGGGCAGAGAUGAAGAUCUGGAGUGAAGCAGCCCUCGUCCCCUGAGCACUUCCCUAAUUCCCUGUGGAACUGAGAUGUGAUGGACGGUCAGAAGUGCAUCUACUGAAGAGGAGCCAGGGCCUGCUUGUACUACUUGCUGCUAUCGUUGUAGGGGGUGGGCAUACGAGCUUGAGGCCCCCAGACCAGCAGUUCUCUUGAACUCUUCUAAAUGAGCUUUGAUGCCCUGUUCCUCCUGUUCUUCUGGGGGCCGAGGUCCCCCUAGGCUGUCUUUUCCAUUUCUUUUUCUUAGAUGUUGUGUGUUGCCUCUUCUGCUCCCUUUCCCUUUAUGUCUCUGUGCAUGGGCAAAAAAAAAAAAGAAAUAUCACCAAGGCCCUCCGAGUAAAAAAGCAAGGGACUCUGCUGCCCACAGCAUUACAGCCACUCACGCACAUGCAGUUUAUUUCCUUCCUCUAUAAACUGUAAUCUCCUCUGGCAUGUUGUAGUAAUCGGCUCAUGUACUUGAAAUGGUCUCUAAGAAACACGAUUCACCACCU